AUGAAGACCCAACACAUCACCCUCCCCACCAUCCAAAUCGCCGCCGCAGCCUUCUUCGCCGCCUCCGCCGACGCAAAAGCCUACUGCAUCGACAGCGCGGGUAAAGUCGUCGCCCAAGCCAGCUGCGACGGCACCGCGCCCGCAAACACCUUCUUCCUCGCCGAGCACGAGGGUGACGACCUCCAGCUCGGCAACGUCAUCGCCGAGGAUAAAGUCGACGCCUCGCACUCCGUCGCGCGCGACCUCGAGGCGCUCGAGGCGGAGGCGGAGGCCGAGCAGGUUAGCGGGGGGUUCGGGCGCCGGUCGCCGCAGAGGCAGUGUGAUCCGUCGCUUGGACGCUGCGUUGUUAGUGGUGUUGGGAAGGGUGGUAACUCUGGUGGCGGUUCCAACGGUUCUUAG